GGUUCCUUUUUGGAGGAGAGGGGGCCACAGACUGAUAUUAUAACUGCUAUCCCCUUUUAUAAAACAGUUGGUAGACAGUAGGGGUAGUUAGUCUUUACAACUUCCGGAAAGCUUCCCCCGCAGUAUUUUCUCCGGUAAAAAAUGAUGAAGAGAACACUGAAAUUCAACGGCAGAAAGGCCGAGAGCGCCGAUAGGACGACGUCGACCGCCACUGCCGCCGUCAAAGAGGAGGUAAUAGAGUGGGAGAUGAGGCCCGGGGGCAUGUUAGUCCAGAGACGGAGUGAUAAUUCCGACGUUCCAAUAACUCUGAAUUUGCGGAUUCGUGUGGCUUAUGGUGCUGCUCGCUAUGAGAUCUCCGUCAAUCCUCACGCCACUUUUGGGGAAUUAAAGAAGUUAUUAACAGAAGAAACAGGAUUACAACCUGGAGAACAGAGACUAAUAAUCAGAGGAAAAGAAAGAGAAAAUGGAGAAUAUUUAGACAUGUGUGGAGUCAAAGAUCGAUCAAAAGUCAUCCUAAUUGAGGAUCCAGAAAGCAAGGAGAAAAGAUUCAUGCAAAUGAGAAAGAACGCCAAAAUCCAAGCCGCAUAUCGCUUGAUUAACGAUGUAUCUACAGAGAUUGAUAAACUGGCUGAGCAGAUAUCUGCAAUUGAAAAGACAAUUGAAAAUGGGAAGAAAGUAGCAGAACUACAUAUCACUACUUUGAUUGAGAUGUUAAUGAGACAAGCUGUCAAGUUGGAUAACAUCUCUAUAGAAGGAGAUGCAUGUGCCCAGAAGAAUUUGCAGGUUGUACCAUCGGCUGAAUACUUGCAUACGGUGAACGAUGAAGGAAGGCAUUACACUGUGUGCCUCUUAGAGAGAAAGUGCAGUUGUGGGCGGUUCCAAGUUGACGAAUUACCAUGCCCACACGCUUGGGUUGUCUAGAAGAGCAAGUUUCUAAUGCCAGAAGAUUAUUGCUCUGACUAUUACAAAUCAAAGUCUGUUGUAAUGACGUACGAGGUGCCCGUGUAUCCGCUACCUGACCGAAUGAAUGGAAUAUACCGGCACAUAUAUCAGAGGAAGUUGUCUUACCACCCAAAUGGAAAAUACCUCCUGGAAGGCCAAUGAAGAAGCGCGAUAAGUCGUUUAGUGAAUUGUUGCAGAAGAAAAAUCAACAUUCGUGUAGCAUAUGUGGGCAGGGAGGACGUAAUAAGCGUACUUGUAGAAAUGCUCCACGUAUGACUUAGUUCACAUUAUGACUUGUAUUAGUGCAAUAACGAUGUGUCAUAGAUUCCGGUGACAUUUUGAAAUAAUACAUAUUGAUUAGUUGGUGUAUUAGAUUUUUGCGUGA